UUGCUGCCUCUGAUCCAGAGCGUAAGGAGGAGGACCAGGAAUACACUCAUGUUCCCCGAGCUCCAGAAAAACACCUCCAACUCCUUCGAUGUUAAAACUCCACAAUUAAACAAGCUGUAAAAUAAGAAGACAAAAGACGCUUUCGUCAUUUUUACGCACCAACUGUGUAGAAAGCAAUAACGGAAUACAAGGUGACAGACAGAUUCAGUCAAUAUUUUAAUACUGUUAUGAAGCGAGAAUGAGUAGCGCAGAAGACAGCGGGAGCAAGUGCUCGUCCGGCCCGAUUUCCAGCUUUACUAUCCAGUCGAUUUUAGGCACGCCAUCCGAUGCGCCGCGCUCCGGGACCAAGGAGCUCACCAAGGGGCCGCCGCCUCCGCGGAGGCGCUCACGGCGGCUCUCGCUGUCGGUGUCUUCAGAGGAGUGCAGCGGCGGGGAGGACUCAGCGGAUUGCUUCUGCUCCGACACGGGUCACAGCGAGCCAUGCACCCAGCACCAAGCCCAUACCUUUUCAUGUCUAGGUCCCACAAAAGGACUUCUGUCUGUAAAUGAAGGGCUCGCACAGCGGCCGCACCUGCCGCAGCCUUUGCUGCAGGAUUAUAAAGAGGAACAGGAGAGACCGUGCCAUCAAAUGUCACCUUUGUCAGAGGAGAGACAAACAGACGGUGCGGACAAGCAGGGCAGCUCGACCAAGAAGAAGACGCGCACGGUUUUCUCCCGGAGCCAGGUGUUCCAGUUGGAGUCCACCUUCGACAUGAAGCGGUACCUGAGCAGCUCGGAGCGGGCCUGCUUAGCCUCCAGCCUGCAGCUGACGGAGACUCAGGUCAAGACGUGGUUUCAGAACAGGAGGAACAAAUGGAAACGGCAGCUCUCAGCUGAACUGGAGGCGGCCAACAUGGCACACGCUUCUGCACAGACACUAGUGGGGAUGCCGUUGGUUUUCAGAGAUAACUCCUUACUGCGAGUGCCAGUUCCCCGGUCUAUCGCCUUUCCAACGCCCCUGUAUUACCCGGGGAGCAACCUGCCAGCGUUACCUUUAUACAACCUGUAUAACAAGAUUGAGUACUGAGUGACUCCACUGUAUGUUCACCACUGCAGUCCACGUUAAAACAUAUUACAAAACAAUACAACGUUCUUAUAAGUGUCUCCACUUAAACCCUCUAUAUUAAUUGUAUCACUUUAUUUGUUGAGGAAAUUAUGCAGCAACUGUGCGUCUCACAAGAAAGCAAUCAAGCUUCCCUAUAUGUAUAAAAUACACCAUGUGUAUUAUUAAUUCUAAUAAUUUUGUACUGUUAUUUUAUUUUCUUCUCCUCCAACUGAUGAAACACUGGAGUUUAGACUUCACAUCACAUUCAAGAAAAAAUGGAUUCCACAAGAAAUGCUUUCAUAAUUCAUAAUUGUUUUGUCAAACCUAUUGCAAAGCAUCAUUUUAUUUCUCCUGACGUGAAUCCAAAGCAGACAGGAAAAAUACAAUUCU